AAUCAUAGAGGCGAUGGCCCCUCCCAUCACACAGAACCGAAGCGCGCGGCCGUCAAUGGCACUGAGUAGUGCACGUCACCUGUCUUUAACAUGUAGCUAGAAACGCUAACACGGCCCGAAAUUCAACUCAGAUGACCAACACCCUGGUCGCAUUUGUGUUUUCGUUGAGCCGAAGUGAAACUGCAUGUCAAAGAUGUUCGUUAUAGUUCGUAAUCCAAGCCAAGAGCCGAUGUGGGCAUAACUGACGUUGUGAAUUUAACCGCAUUAGCUAACGUUAGCCAGCUAGCUGGGUUUACCUUUAGCUGCUCCAGUUGAAACGAGCUAAUAUCACCAACGUUCAAAAUAUAGAUGUUCAGCGAGUCGAUUCUCGAUCAUAAAGGCAAAUUUGACGGCCUCCUGGAACGCGGGGUCUUUUGGAGAGGAAACUUCAAUCGGAGAAACACGGUGGCCUAAGCCAUGGGGGCGUUCUUAGACAAGCCCAAAACAGAGAAGCAUAAUGCUCACGGAGAGGGAAAUGGCCUGCGUUUUGGCCUCAGCAGCAUGCAGGGAUGGAGGGUGGAGAUGGAGGAUGCCCACACCGCAACCAUAGGCCUGCCGCACGGUCUGGACGACUGGUCCUUCUUUGCGGUCUACGACGGUCACGCCGGCUCACGUGUUGCUAACUACUGCUCUAAACACAUGUUGGAACAUAUUGUCGCCACAGGGUCGGCAGAUGAACUGCGGAAGGCGGGUGCUCCGACGCCUGAGACGCCAGCCAUAGAGGCGGUCAAAAGGGGUAUCCGCGCCGGCUUCCUGAGGAUCGACGAGCACAUGCGCAGUUUCACAGACCUGCGGAACGGCAUGGACCGCAGCGGCUCCACCGCGGUGGGUGUGCUGCUCUCUCCGGAACAUCUGUAUUUCAUUAACUGUGGGGACUCACGGGCCCUUCUCUGCCGCAACGCGCAAGUCGGCUUCUCCACGAUGGACCAUAAGCCCUGUGACCCACGGGAGAAGGAGCGUAUACAGAAUGCAGGUGGCUCUGUAAUGAUCCAGAGGGUUAAUGGAUCGCUGGCUGUAUCCCGAGCACUGGGUGACUAUGACUACAAGUGUGUGGAGGGCAAGGGUCCCACAGAGCAGCUUGUGUCUCCAGAGCCAGAAGUAUUCGAGAUAGUUCGUUCAGAUACGGAGGAUGAAUUUGUGGUGCUGGCGUGUGACGGUAUCUGGGAUGUGAUGACCAACGAGGAGCUUUGUGCCUUUGUGCGAUCAAGACUGGAGGUGAUGGACGACCUGGAGAGAGUGUGCAACGAAGUUGUGGAUACUUGUCUCCACAAGGGAAGUCGAGAUAAUAUGAGUAUUAUAUUAGUUUGUUUGCCAAAUGCACCCCAGGUGUCAGAGGAGGCGGUAAAGAGAGAUGCUGAGGUGGACAAGUACCUUGAAUCGCGGGUGGAAGAGCUCAUAGAGAAAGCAGGGGAAGAAGGUGUGCCUGAGCUGUUGAUUGUCAUGAGCACCCUGUCCCAAGAAAGUAUCCCUAAUCUCCCACCAGGGGGCGGCCUUGCCAGCAAGCACAGUGUUAUUGAAGCAGUGUACAACCGGUUGACCCCCCAAAGAGAAGAGGAUGGUCCCACCUGUUUCAUUUGAGCGGAGCUGACCUUGAGGACCCGUGGUAGUCGUCCCACCUGAGGGAAGAGCCCCUUUUUUUACACGAGACAUCAGUCAUGUUUCUUUUGUUCCAGUGAAAUCAACAGAUUCAAUGGACAAGUGUCACAACACAGUGGAAACACAGUACAACCAAAAGCAUUACAAACACUUUUUUUCUAAUACAUGAGGGAAAGAAUGGAGUUCCAGUUUUAAAAACAACUACAAGAAAAAUACACAUCAUACAAUAAAAAAUAGUUUUUCUCCCUUUUUUUGUGGUGGCUGUGGGUGUUAAUUUUAAAUCCGAGGAUGUUUUGGGGGAUAGACCCAUGUACGUGCUGUGGUGCCUUUUCCAGUCGGCUGCAAAUUCGAGUUGAGGAUACAAUUGAUAAACUUGGCAGCCCCUGCUAUGUGGUUAUGGAUCAUCACUGGGUUUAAUUGAGGAUAUAUUUGACUGAUGAAAGUGUGUGGAACAUGUUUUAAAGAAUUGCUUCAUUACUACAUAGCCUGCGUGGAAAGGAUUGAAGCUUGUUGGUUUUUUGCACCUUCCCGCUGACUGACCUUUAGGUUGAACCUCGGACUUGACCCUGCUUCGUUUGGCAGGUUAUCAUUUGAUUAUUUGUAAAAAGCUUUUUAAUCCUGCUGUUUCAGAGAGUAUAGAAUAUAUAGAGAUAAAUAUAUAAAAUUCAUAUAUAUUUUUUAUUUUUCCCAAGUUUGAUGUCUUUGUCGCUUAUUGUGUGAAGCAAUAGAGUAAUGUUAAUGGCGACUGAUGAGCGUGCCAUGUUGUGUGAAAUAGACACACUGAGUUUGUUCAUGUACUUGUUUAACCCAGGAAUUGUGGGUGUUGUUGGAUAAAAGGGAUUGUAACUGCCCACCAAAGCCACACAGCUUUUCUCAGCUCUCCCUUUGUAUUGUAACUCAGUCUUUUCUCCUUCUCAUCCCUCACUUUCGAAUGCAGAUGUGAACUUACAGCAACCUGCCUUUUUUUCUUCCUUUUUCCUUCAGAGUAUAUUGUAAAGUGGUGUUUUUUUUGUUGUUUUUUUUUUGGUUAGAUGAACAUGAAAAACUAGCUUUGUGAUGAAUUCACUGAUUAUUUUCUGAUUCACCAUACGAGUGUAAUGUCGGUUUUGCUCAAAUAUGUUUUCGGCAGUCCAUGGACAACAGUACUCAUUGGCCUCAGAACUUGAAAGUUGAUAUUGAGCAGAACAAUAAAGCUACAGGAAAAAGCAGUCGUGCUCCUUAUGUUUAAUUACACCGUGGGAAAAGCCUAAUGGCUAGGACACAACGCUUUUUGAGUCUUUUAACUUUGCAUAACAGCAAACAGUAGUUCCAUGUUCCAAGAGAGAGAGACCAGCUUGUAAAGCAACCAACUGCAGGUUGCUUAGUUUUUGUGUGUGCUUUAGCGUUCAAUAGCUCAAUAAUAGACUGGCAUGGUAAGAAAUUAUUUAAAAUAACGAUGUUCUCAGUAAAAGUUGUCCAAAAUGGAAAA